CGGUCGACCGACCAUGCCUCGUUUCUCUGCUUUAAUUUUUGUGCUCGGCGCGUCGUUGGCCUCCGCCACCGACGGCUUCGCGACCGUCUUCGAGUGGAAUAAAAGGGACUUGAACUCGCCCUUGAAGAAUAACCAGUACGAUGUUGUGGACAGAAAAUGCAUUCAAAAAAAAUUUAUUCCUCGAUACAUGGCUGUGUUCGGCGACGACGUCUUCCUCAGCCUUGCACCUUCCAAAGAUGCCUCUGUGAGCACCCUGGUCAGGCUGCGAACCAGAACCAGUUCUACACCUCCAACAAUAAAUCCCUUUCCGCCGUGGGGAAUACACGGAAAAGCUUUAAGCAGGAUCCAAGAAGUGAGAGGUCUGAAAGUGGACUCUGACGGUCGUCUUUGGGCUUUGGAUCAGGGCCGACGAGACAAUUGUUCGCCCAAGCUGUGGAUUUUCAACUUGACCCAUUAUUACGCACACCCGCGCGUGCAUCAGUUUCCAGAGGAAGUCGUGUCUCAUAGCUACGAAUCGAGGUGGCUGCACGACCUCGAGCUGGACCAAUGGAACGGCGACUGGCUGGCCUACAUUUUGGACAUCAGAUCAAAGGCCCUGGUUGUUUUCAGCUUGAAGCAAAAAAAGUCGUGGCGCGUGGAGGUGCAGGGAAAUGGAAAACCCUUUUACUCGAUCGCCCUCUCUCCAAAGGGAAAUGAAAGACAGCUUUAUGUCGGUGAGUCCCGGAGCAAAGCGAUAAAUGCCAUUUCAGUGGCUGAACUGAGGGCUGCAAGCAGAAAAGUGCAGUCGAAACAGGUCGGCAACUGGUCUUCAAAAUUUUGCUACAAAAUGCUGUCAGACAGAGACGGUUUCUUGUAUGCAGAGUGUGAAGCGAAUGCCACAAUCUUUAAAUUAGAUUCUAGGGACUUCUUGCAAGUGGAACGCUUUUAUCAGGAGGACGAACUUCAAGUGGCGUCUCGACCCUAUGCCUUUUCAGUGGACAACAUUGGGAAAUUCUGGCUGAUGGCCACGCUUACAAAUGGAACAAAGAAGAUCACGAAGCUACUCGUCAAAUGGCCGACUGGCUCUCUCGGAAGAACGAAAGGGUUAUCAGAGCCCGCUCCGACGCACCGAAACGUCACUCCCAUCUUCGAGUGGGAUGAAUUCGACUUUUGCACCCCAAAGGAGGGCAAGGAGACGGCCGUCAGUUCCGGAUGUAAUGACGCCGAUGAGAUCAAAUUGAAGUUCCUCGCAGUGAAUGGCCAGAAGAUAUUCCUCAGCUUCUCUCGAGAUUAUCCCGUGACCCUUAUCUGGAUGCCCGCGUUCUCUGCGCCCCUGAAACAUCUGCCUUAUCCUUCCUGGCAAAUGCAGGAAGAAGGUGACUGCAGAGCCUUGCAGGACGUCAGAGGCCUGCAAGUGGACUCUUUGGGCCGCCUCUGGGCAGUGGACAACAGCAUGGAAGAAGUUUGUCGUCCAAAGCUGUGGAUAUUCGACAGCAGUGACCAGGUGGAGCUAGUGUACAAGUUCCCUGGUGAUGUUGUGCCCCGCAAUGGUUAUAUGUGGUUGGGCGCAUUGGCGUUGGAUGAGACGCCAGACGACAUCUUCGCCUACAUCACCUGCUCCCUUUCACAAAUCGUCAUUUUCAGCUUGAAAUCAAGGAAGUCGUGGCGAGUGAACACACUAUUGAAUUUCAUCCAGAGUAUUGCCCUUUCACCUCAUCUGGAAGAGAGGAAGCAACUCUACUUCAGCAGCCAAAAUUUCAAUGAACUGUACUCGGUGCUCGUCGAGGAUCUCAGGACAGGGGUUCGCUUUCCGCCAAUCACAUUCGUUGGAAAAAAGACGGCGCCGUCCCAGACGAUGGCCAUGGACAAAAACGGUCGCUUGUAUUUUGACUUGGUCGGGAAGAAAUCCAUCGCCACCUGGGACACCAAUUUCCCCUUCAAAGAGGAGAUUUUGUUCACGGAUAGCAACGUUGAGGAUUUUUGGCCGAUCCAUUUUAUUUUCGACGCGUCCAACAAUCUUUUCCUGAUUGCCCGGUUUACCUCGAAUCCAAGGUACAGAUUAUUCAGAGCUGCAGUGGUAUUCGACACAAAGUGCAACAAUUGCACAGCUAAUAAAGAUUCGGAUUUCUGUCGAGUAAACACCGGAGUGUGCAAAAACGGCAACAAUUCUGUGGAACUCGCUCCCAAACCCAAGAAUUUCACUUCCGUCUUCCAGUGGAACGAAUUUGACUUCCAGGCAGUGAGAAACGAUAGCUUAUUUGAACUCGACAAAGUCCAGCCGCAUUUCCUCGCAAUGAAUGGCCACAGGAUGUUCCUCAGCUUCUCUCGAAACUUAAAGAGACGCGAUCCCGUGACCCUGGCCUGGAUGCCGAAGAAAAACGCGUUCUCUGCGCGCCUCAAACAACUGCCUUAUCCUUACUCGAUAUUCAUGGAGGAGGGAGACUGCAGUGUUUUGUUCGAAGUCAGAGGCCUGGAAGUGGACUCUUCGGGCCGCCUCUGGGCCGUGGACAACGGCUAUAAAUCUUGUCGUCAAAUGCUGUGGAUAAUCGACGGCAGUGCUGACAAAGUGGAGCUAAAGUACGUGUUCCCCGAAGAUGUCGUGCGCCAUGGCUUUGGAAACUUUGCCGAAGUGGCGUUGGAUGAGACGCCAGACGACUUUUUCGCGUACAUCGCCGACUCCAACUCCUUCUCUUCACACCUCGUCGUUUUCAGCUUGAAAGCAAGGAAGUCUUGGCGAGUGGAAAUUCAAAUGAAACACAUCCGCGGUCUGGCUAUUUCUCCCCUGAAAGAGAAAAAGCACCUCUACCUGAGCAGUGGGUGUUCCGAAGUACUGUACUCGGUGCUCGUCGAGGAUCUCAGGACGGGGUCUCCGUCUCCGAGUGUCACAUUCGUCGGAAACAAGACGGCGCCGUCCAGGAGAAUGGCCAUGGACACAAACGGACGCUUGUAUUUUGAUUUGUUCUUGAAGAAAUCCAUCGGCACUUGGGACACCAAUUUCCCCUUCAAAGAGGAGAUUUUGUUUACGGAUAGCAACGUUGACGAUUAUGGGCCAUUCUUGAUUGACACCGACGCCUCUAACAAUCUUUUCCUGAUCGCCCAGUAUGCAUCCAACCCAAGGUACAAAUUAUUCAAAGCAGCAGUGGAAAUCGACACAAAGUCUUCCUUUUGCACCGAAUGCACAGCUCAAAAAGAUCUUGAUUUCUGUAGAGAAAACACCGGAAUUUGCAAAAACGGUGGUAGUUGCGUGAGUCUGGGCGAGCAGCAGCCAAACUACCGGUGCGAGUGCGGAUCAAACUUCUCCGGCCGCCACUGCGACGUGUUUUUUGAGGAGGAGUAUUUUGUAGACCGUCCCUCUUUAGUGGAUAAUAUAAACGAAAUUAUCGAGACGACAACUGAUUACGCUGUCACUGAUAUCUUCGAAGGAGAGUAAAAUGAAGAUUAUUUAAACAUUUUGUUAUUCUUGCUAAGUAAUAUACAAUAAAAUAUAUUAAUAUC